AGUGAUGAGCGGGGAUACAUGCUCAAUCAUGUCCCUGCGGUUCAACCAAGACGGAGGGUGUUUUGUCUGUGCCACAUCCAACGGCUUCCUUAUUUUCAACACAGACCCUCUUAGGGAGAAGCAAAGAAUAUUCUGGAAGGAUGGGGGCGUGGGUUGUGCUGAGAUGUUGUUUAGAUGCAGUCACUUAGCUCUGGUGGGUGGAGGUGUUCCUGCUCGCUACCCUGUUAACAAGGUUGUCAUCUGGAACGGGGCAACUCAGUCGGAGCUGUUCGAAAUGCAGUUCGAGAGUUUGGUGAAGAAUGUGCGGCUACGAAAAGACAGGAUAGUUGUGGUGCUGGAAACUUUGAUCAAAGUCUACACCUUCGAUCUCAACCCGCUCGAACAGGAGAGGUUUGAGUCAUGUCUCAACCCGCACGGACUCUGUGCUGUGUGCGCAGUUGAGGCCAACCCCAUCAUCGCCUACCCUGGACCGAAAGUGGGUCAGCUGGCCAUAGCCUCCCUAGGCAGUGGAAUGCCAGCAGAGUACAUAUGUGCUCAUGAGAGCAGCCUAUGCUCCAUUGCCCUCAGCAAAAAAGGAGACCUAGUGGCCACCGCCUCCGAAAAGGGAACCCUCAUCAGGGUGUUCAACACACACUAUAAGGCGCAAGUUGAAGAAUUUCGAAGAGGUACCCAACCUGCUCUUAUUUAUUCAAUAAACUUCAACCAGCCCGGAAACUUAGUCUGUGUGUCUAGUGACAGAGGAACGUUGCAUAUUUUCAACCUGAAAAACUCGACGCCCAACAACAACUCAGGAGGACGCUACGGGCGAUCUGGAAGCAUAUCAAAACGACUGGGCCAAGCCAAAACGAGUAGUGGUAAAAUAGAGCUGAAGUGCGGAGGCUUGCCUGUUUACUGUGAGUUCAGCACCCUUGAUGACAAGUCUAUAAUAGCUAUUUCUCUCGCAGGUGACUACAACAAAUUCAUCGCCAACGACACUGAGGGAUCCCUUAGCUGGACGAGAGACUUCUCUGAAAAUGUUUUGUCUCCUCGAGAUGUUUUUACAUCAUUUCCACACGUGCCUACAGUGGGCUAAAAAGCUGAACUUGAAUAAAUAGACUUCAAAUUAAUUUCUAUUGUGCUGUAAUGUUGUGCUUUAGGCGAUUGAUAUUCAGAAUUAUUUUUGUAUUUUCAAUUUUAUAAGGUUAAGUUGAAAUAAAAAUUAUGUUAUAUCUCGAAAAUCAACUAAAUUAGAUAGUGAUUUUGAUUUUUUUAAUAGAGAAUUUAAUGAUUUUUAGUGGAA